ACCAGACUGACGCUGAGUCAGCGGACCGCUGUGCACGACAACCACGCGUCUGGAGGGCUUAGGGCACCGAGCACAUGUCUUGCAAUCUUCUGUUCGUUCCGUACAAAUAUUCAUGGGAUCCUGAUCUCAUUCGAUUUUGUACUCAUUGAGUCAUUCAACGUUAUACAGCGUUAAUACACCGCGACAGUCUUGUCUUUGGACUAGUGGCACUGUAGUUCGGCUCCUCGCCUUCAGUAACAUGGCAGGCAAUGUAGAGCAGUGUCGAGCGGCCUUACAGGAGUGUCCAGGACUCAUGUCCCUCGAACACCUUGGCCACAGUCUUCUAUACAGAUUCCUGCAGCGGGGCGUUCUGUCGGACAUAGUUGAGGCGAUUGAUCUUCAUCGAGCCACACUAGCAUUCCGUCCCCCUGGCCAUCCCCAUCGAUUCGUGUCUCUCAACAACCUUGCUGUCAGUUUUACAGCCAGAUUCCAGCAGCAGGCCAUCCUGUCUGACCUGGACGAGGCCAUUGAACUCCAUCGAGCUGUACUCGCUAUCCUUCCCCCUGACCAUUUUCAUCGAUCCCUUUCCCUCGAAAGUCUUGCAAAUGGACUGAAAGGCAGAUUCAAGCGGCGGGGCGUCCUGUCAGACAUAGACGAGGCCAUUGAUAUCCAUCGAGCUUCACUGGCACUCCGUCCCCCUGGCCAUUCUGAUCGAUUCAUGUCUCUCAAUAACCUUGCCAGUAGCCUUCAAGACAGAUUCCAGAAGCGGGGCGUCUUGUCGGACCUGGAUGAAGCCAUUGAGCUCCAUCGAGCUGUAUUGGCACUCUGUUCCCUUGAUUACUUUGCUCGACCCACUUUUCUCAACAACCUUGCCAGCUGCAUUGAAGACAGGUUCGAGCGACUAGGCAUCCUGUCUGACCUAGAUGAGGCCAUCAAAAUCCAUGAAGUUGCAUUGGGGCUCUGUCUCCCUGGUCAUUCUCUUCGACCCACGAUUCUGAACGGCCUCGGCGGAAGCCUUCUCCACAGAUUCCAGCAGCAGGGCGUCCAGUCUGACCUGGAUAUGGCCGUCGAGUACCAUCGAACUGCACUGACGCUCUGUCCCCCCGGCCAUUCCGAUCGAUUGGCUUCUCAUAACAACCUUUCAGCCACCCUUCAAGCCAGAUUUCAGCAGCAGGGCGUCCUGUCGGACAUAGAUGAGGCCAUUGAGCUCCUUCGAAGUGCUCUGGUACUCCGCCCCCCUGAUCGAUCUACUUAUCUUAACAACCUUUCCAACAGCCUUCAAGCCAGAUUCCGGCAUCGGGGCGUCCUGUCGGACUUAGAUGAGGCCAUUGAGUUUCAGCGAGGUGCUCUGGCACUCUGCCCCGCUGGAAAUCCUCGACGAUCCUUAUAUCUCGACAACCUUGCCAUCAGCCUUCUAUACAGAAUCCAGGAGUCUGCCAUCCUAUCUAACCCGGAUGAGGUCAUCGAGCCCCACCGAGCUGCACUGGCGCCCCGUCCACCUUACCAUUCUGAUCGAUCCCUGUCGUCCGAUAAUCUUACCAUCAACCUUCAAGGCAGAUUCCAGCAGCAGGGUCAAUCACCAGACUUGGACGAGGCCUUCAGGCUGUAUUCACAACUCUCCCAAGUAUCUCAUAUAUUCUCUCUUCGCGAUAUUAGUGCUGCCAAGUCAUGGGUCUCCUUUGCUGAACAGGUGAAACAUGGCUCUGCAUUGGUUGCCUAUCAGACCGCGUUGAAAUUCCUGGAUCAGAAGACCACUGCAUCCCUUGCAAUGGACGCUUUCUCGUGCUGCGUUCGUCAUGGUGCUUUGACGACUGCUGUGGAACUGGUAGAACAAGGUCGCGCAGUAUGGUGGACCCAGUUGGCACGCUUCCGCACACCAUUGAAUGACCUUUCCGCAUCGGGUGACGCCGGUGAAGCCUUGGCGAAAGAGUUCAAGCAACUUAGUGUUCGCCUUCGUAAUGUGUUUGAUGUGUCUACUGGAGAUCGGUCUCCACAAAUCCGCCAACUUACCAUGCAAUGGGAUGACGUUGUCUCCCGCAUCCGCCUCCUGCCUGACUUUUCCCGUUUUCUCCUGUCUCCGCUAUUUCCCGAUCUCCAGAAGGGAGCACAAGACGGUCCAGUCAUUAUUGUCAACGGAAGCAAAUAUAGCUGCGACGCCUUAAUUAUCCUGAGCGCCCGAGAUCCCAUCCCCAUCCUACUUGAUAUCACACUAGCUGAGGUCUCCGAGUUGUCAUCCGAAUUCCAAUCCCUCACAGAGGAUGUCGGUUCUUCCGACCAUCGACUUGAAGUACCCAAGAUUGUCGGUAUCCUCCGCAAGCUCUGGGAUCGUGUCGUUAGCCCCAUAGUUCAAACUCUCAGGGAGUUAAUUCACACUGGCUCACGCAUUUGGUGGUGUCCUACCGCGGAGUUCACGUUGCUUCCUCUACAUGCAGCGGGACCCUAUGAGAAGAAGAGGCAUAAUUUGUCUCACUUUUACGUUUCAUCCUACACCCCAACUUUAGCGGCACUCAUUCGUGCGAGACAGCACGUCUCUCGAGAUGUUUCUGUUCAGCAUUUCGUUGCCGUCGGUCAAGGAAAUCCGGAAGGAGGAAAGGAACUUCGAUGUGUUGCUGCAGAGUUAGCCGUCGUUGCUGAGCGUGUCGCGCCCAUCCUGUCCUUUACAUCGCUCGUAGACAACGAUGCAACAAUCCAGGGAGCAUCCCAUGAAUUCAGUCGAAAUCAGUGGCUUCACCUUGCCUGCCAUGGAAUACCGAAUCGGAAACAACCAUUCGAAUCUUCGUUUGCGAUGCGCGAUGGUCCUUUCACCAUCAGGAAUAUCAUUCGAUCUCGCUUGCAGAAUCCAGAGUUUGCAUUCUUAUCGGCUUGCCACACUACUGUGGGCGAUGAAUCGAGCCACGACGAGGCUAUCCAUCUUGCUGCAGCAAUGCAAUUCUCUGGAUUUCGGAGUGUGAUAGGUUCCAUGUGGUCUGUCGAUGACGAAGCCGCACGCCAGGUUGUUACUGCUUUUUACGACAAUCUGGUUGAUGGCUUGGAUAGGUUGGACUGUAGACGCGCUGCGGUAGCGUUGCACAAUGCUGUGAAGACAUUGCGGAAGAAGAUUCCACUGGAACAGCAGAUCGUAUUUGUUCACAUAGGUGUCUAGUUUGAAGCUUAUUGUAUGCCGUGUUUUUGUAUUCAAGUACGUUCACUAGUGGUCCAUAUAAAGUAAUACAUGCCCUGUUGGUGUGCCUGCUCACAA